GUGCCCUUCUCCAUCCCAUGGCCCUGCUCCAGUCCUAACCACGCCUCUCAGCAUGAAGACCAUCAUCGCUGCCUACUCCGGGGUGCUCCGAGGAACAUUGUUCAAGGGCAUUAAGGAGGGGGAAGAGCGAUGUGCAAUGGCGGGGAGACAGCUGUAGCUUUUCUUGGGUUGAGGAUUACAGAUCUCUGCGCAGGUACAGGAUCGAACAUUCUUUCUGCUCUGCAGGAUUUGUUCUGGCUAUUGAAAUCCAAAGUAGAGAAACAACUCCAAAUUAUCUCUGUGCUGCAAUGGGUUCUCACUUUCCUUAUCAUGGGUAUUGCUUGCACUUUAAUCCUCAUGUACAUACUGUGCACAGAUUGCUGGGCAAUUGCUGCUCUAUAUUUAGCCUGGCUGGUAUUUGACUGGAACACACCAAAAAAAGGGGGAAGAAGAUCCCAGUGGGUGAGAAACUGGGCUAUAUGGAGGUACUUCAGGGAUUAUUUUCCAAUAAGACUGGUUAAAACCCAUAAUCUGCUGACCACCAGGAAUUACAUUUUUGGGUACCAUCCACAUGGCAUCAUGGGCUUGGGUGCCUUUUGCAACUUCAGCACAGAGGCCACGGGUGUCAGCCAGAAAUUUCCUGGGAUCCGACCGUACCUUGCUACCCUGGCUGGGAACUUCAGGAUGCCCAUAUUGAGGGACUACUUAAUGUCUGGUGGUAUAUGUCCUGUGAACCGUGACAGCAUAGACUACAUCUUGUCCGAGAAUGGCAGUGGCAAUGCCAUCAUUAUCGUGGUUGGAGGGGCAGCAGAGUCCCUGAACUGCACCCCAGGGAAGAAUUCUGUGACACUGAAGAACCGGAAAGGAUUCGUGAAACUGGCUCUACGGCAUGGAGCGGACUUGGUUCCUGUCUACUCCUUUGGGGAGAAUGAAGUAUACAAGCAGGUGAUCUUUGAAGAGGGUUCCUGGGGAAGAUGGGUUCAGAAGAAGUUCCAGAAGCACAUUGGCUUUGCUCCAUGCAUCUUUCAUGGCCGUGGCCUCUUCUCCUCCAACACCUGGGGGCUAAUACCUUACUCCAAGCCCAUCACUACUGUUGUUGGAGAGCCCAUCACCAUCCCCAAAAUCGAUAAUCCAUCCCAGAAGGAUGUGGACUUCUACCAUAGCAUGUAUGUGGACUCCCUGAUCAAGCUCUUUGACAAAUACAAGAGCAGAUUUGGCCUGCCGGAGACUGAAGUCUUGGAAGUCAACUGAAGGCACUGGCUCCAUAGCACCUCCUUCUUUCAGAACCAACACAUCUUUUCCAGGAGUCCAAGUUGUCAUUGUGUACUUGAAAGCAUGUGUGGAUGUAUGUAUCCUUCAAAGCAAGUGUUUGAAGUAUUGCUAGACCACUCUAAAAAAUAAUAAAGAAAGGCUUUGCUUUAGAGAAAUCCCAUUACAAACAUCUUUUAAAA